AUUGGGUACCGUAUAACCGGGCCCUCCAUUAUUUGUAUAAAUAAAUACUGUCCCGAACAAUCGGUAACCCAGAUCGAUCAUUUUCUCACUCACUUAGAUCACCGAUCAGUCCAAUAAAUUCUUUCAGUACUUACACCUACCUACAUUAUGGCUACCGUCGUUAUUCAGUACCCUGUCGGUCAUGACUUCGAUGUCGACUACUAUGUCAACACGCAUAUGCCUCUAGCCCACAAGCUCUGGGGUCCUCAAGGUCUUAUCAGUGGGCAGGUCAUCAAGCUCGGUGGAGACAGCCCUCACCAAAUUUACAGUAUCAUCACAUGGGACAGCCUGGCUUCGUUCCAGAAGGCCAGCGUUUCAGAGGAGGCGAAGGAGAUCAAGGCUGAUGUGAAGAACUUCACCACUGCGACGCCUACCUAUGUUAUUGGCGAGACUGUCGCCAAGGCUUAGACUGCAUAUCGUGCUGAAAAGCAUGCCUGCCCUUGUACUUGGGGUUGUUCUAAUGCCAAACAAUCUUAGUGG